UGGAAGGGCAACUCUUUCGCUUUCACCCAUCCCAAUCCAUCUGCCACUCGUUCCUCAUAUUACCAUUAUGCUCGCCUCUCGUAUGUUCGCGCGUGGAUUUGCUAGCUCCUCUUUCCAGCGGGGCGCAAAGGUUGCUGUCCUUGGGGCUGCUGGCGGUAUCGGUCAGCCUCUUUCUCUUCUCUUGAAGCUUAACCCCCACGUAGACCGUUUGGCCCUGUAUGAUAUUGUUAACACUCCUGGUGUCGCUGCUGAUAUCUCCCACAUCAACACCAACUCUGUUGUAACGGGACAUAAGGGACCGGAGCAGUUGGGAGAUGCUCUGAAGGACUCGCAGGUCAUUGUCAUUCCCGCCGGAGUGCCUCGCAAGCCAGGGAUGACCCGUGAUGAUCUGUUCAACACCAACGCCGGAAUUGUUAAGACUCUUGCUGAGGCCGCUGCUAAAUAUGCCCCUAAGGCGCACUUGCUCAUCAUUGCCAACCCUGUCAACUCCACUGUGCCCAUUGUUGCCGAAGUCUUCAAAAAGGCUGGCGUCUUUGAUCCUAGCCGUCUCUUUGGAGUGACCACAUUGGAUGUUGUUCGCGCGUCUACUUUCGUUGGUCAGGUCAAGAACAGCAACCCCGAGGAGGUUAAGGUCCACGUUAUCGGUGGCCACUCUGGUGUCACUAUUAUGCCUCUGCUUAGCCAGACUGGCAUUAAAUUCUCUCAAGACGAGAUUGAGAAGUUGACACACCGCAUCCAGUUCGGGGGUGAUGAGGUAGUCAAGGCUAAGGAUGGCACUGGGUCCGCCACGCUCUCAAUGGCUCAAGCGGGAGCACGAUUCACCGACUCUCUCCUCCGUGCCCUUGCCGGUGAGAAGGGCAUUGUGGAGCCAACCUAUGUGAAGAGCCAUGUCGCAGAGAAGGAUGGUGUCGAAUAUUUCUCAACAAAUGUUGAGCUGGGGCCCAACGGAGUCAAAAAGAUUCAUGACAUCGGCCCUGUCUCUGACUACGAGAAGAAGCUCUACGAAGCUGCCAUUCCUGAGCUGAAGAAGAACAUCGCGAAGGGUGUGCAAUUUGUGAACAAGGCUUAGACCUGCUGGUCAUUAAUUUAGAAUCUGAAUAAAAUUGCAUCUGUUUUUUCCUUGCUACAAAGGUACAUGGAGGGUUACUUAUAAUUUAUCUGUAUGCCAGUUAUCACCGCUUAUUCAUCAUCCUCACUGUGACUAUCUCGUCGUCGUUUCACGGAGGG